AUGAUAACAAGUUCGCCAGCGUCGUUUCUAUUUGUUGGUUUUGCAUUUCUAAUGGCAUCCGUCAUUGUUUUAUCAAUAAUUCCACUUUAUUUAGAAAAUAGAUCGGUACCAAAAACAAAUUUUAUUCUAACUACUGCGCGAAUGAAUAAUUAUGUUUUACAAAUGAGUCGGUCGUUAGGAAAACGAGAUUUAUUUCGAUUAGCAUUGCCAUCGACUACGAAAGAUCUGUUAACAUUGAAUCAAACUCAAUCGAUAAUGAAUUCAUCAAUUCAAUAUGCACUUGAGCAACAAUUGAAAAAUGGUGAUAGUAGAGAUAAAUUUUAUAUUUAUAUAUCACAAAUAAGAUCUUCUACUAUCGAUUUGAAUAACAUGAGUGUUUCAUUGGAUUUUCUAAUUGUCUAUACGCGCGAAUGUAAAUCAUGCAAUACACGUCGUCAAUCGAUUAUUUUCAAACAGUUAUGUUCAAAAAAUCAACUAGCAACAUCAAUACGUUUUUCUAUUCCAUCAACAAAUCUUUCUUUUACGCUUUCUGGUCCAGUCAUAGUUUAUACUCCAUUUAUUCCAAUUGAAAAUAUAGGAAUUAUUACACGCCUUGUUUCUUCAUCACAACUGGUUGAUCUAACAAAUCCUGUGCCGACCAAUGAAACAGUACAAAUCAGUGAUAAGUUUCUUGCAAAUAAUUAUACAUUGAUCGUGACCACAGCGAAAAAUAAUUAUUUUGCGACACUUAAUGAAGCAGAUACACAAAUUUCAGCAAACCAAAAUGGUGGACCAGUUCCACUUGCAGGUGCUGUUACAAUGUAUGCUGGUUUAACAAAAUUAAUUGACAGACAAGCACAAUAUACUGAUGGUUCUAAUGCACUUAAUAUUACAAUCAAUCAAAUCGUGCUACAAUUUUGGUACUCGAAUAGUACAAUUCAAGUAAUAGUUGAUUUUUUAAUAACUUUUUCCACAAGUUGCGAUAACAAUUGUAUGAAAAAAAGAAAUAAUCAAUUGACAAAUCAAUUACAAAAUUUAACUAACACAUCAAUACAUAUUCAACCGGCUAAUUUAACCGAUGGACAAGUUAAAAUUUGGAACGGUAAUCUUUAUGUUUUGUAUGAUUAUUCAUUAACAACUCAAGUUAUUGCAAAUUUUACUGGAACAAUUAUUCGUGCAAUACCACCAACACUUUCUAUUAUUUAUUAA